UAUCACAAUAUUUUGUGCAUGCAUGCAUGCAUCUCAUUCCAUUGUUGCUAUGUAAACUUAGCAGCAAAAGAAUGCUUUUAUUAUUUCAAAUCAAAAUAAAAAUCAUGAUAAUUGUUGCAUAGUUCGAUAGUGAUAUACACAGUUUUCUUUUUUCGUUUUUUGAUUUAUUAACGCUUCAAAAUGAUCCAAAAUCAAUGUUUUCGUCACAUUCUUUUUCGUAAACAUUUUAUUCAGGUGAUCAUCACAUGGUCGAUAGUAGUUGUUGGUGUUUCGAAUACAAAUGUAUCCCGACCAAAUUUCUUAUUGAUGAUGGCAGAUGAUAUGGGCUAUGGGGACCUUAGUUUGCUUGGUAAUCACAGUCUUUCAACGCCAAACAUUGAUCGAAUAGGUAGAGCUGGUCUGAUACUUAGCCAACAUCUGAGUGCAGCAUCAGUUUGCACACCAAGCCGAUCUGCAUUUCUCACUGGACGCUAUCCAAUUCGAAAUGGGAUGACGGCGAAAGGCAAAAAUCGUGUUUUUCUAUUUGUCGGUUCAUCGGGAGGUUUACCCGAAAAUGAAUUAACCAUUGCGAAGCUAUUAAAACAACAAAGUGAUUAUCGAACGGCAUUGAUCGGUAAAUGGCAUCUGGGAAAGGAUUGUUCAAAAUUAGAUGACAAUUGUCAUCAUCCAAACAAUCAUGGUUUUGAUCAUUUUUUUGGCAUUCCGUUGACUAAUUUAAAAGAUUUUGGCGAUGAUGGUCAAAGUGUUGUACUUUCCUAUUUUCCGAAUUUAUACUUGUUGCUAACAAGUAUCUCAUUGUUGGGUAUCACAAUUGGAUGUAUGAUAAUUAUAAGAACAAAACGAAACUGGUCAGCACUAUCUAUCUUUGUCAUAUUGUUAUCAAUCAUUCUUCCUGCUUUGGUUGUUAUAUUUCAGAAAAAUAUUACCAUUUUGAAUAGUGUACUUUAUCGAAACAAUGAAUUAAUCGAGCAACCCACUCAAUUGAAAGGAAUAACCCGAAGAUUAACAGAUGAAGCUAGUGAAUUCAUAAGGAAUGUAACUGAAGAAAAUAGGCCAUUUUUUGUCAUGCUCAAUUUUAUAAAAGUUCAUACAGCACACAAACCAUCAGAUGAAUUCAAAGGCAAAAGCCAUUUUGGUAAAUAUGGAGAUUGUGUUCUCGAACUAGAUGAAGGUGUUGGACAAAUGCUAGAUUUGCUGAAAGAACUUGACAUUUUGGAUAAAACAUUUACUUAUUUUAGUAGUGAUAAUGGUGCUCAUUUAGAAGAAGUUGAUCUUAAUGGUAAUCCUGAAGGUGGUUCAAAUGGAAUAUUUCGUGGUGGCAAAGGUCAUGGAGCCAUGGAAGGUGGAAUUCGUGUUCCUACUGCUGUAAUGUGGCCUGGUAUGUUUCCUGCAAAUAAAAUGAUUUCAGCUGCCACUAUGCAAAUGGAUAUUUUUGCCACUAUACCUGCUAUUUUAAAUCUUACUUUACCCAAAGAUCGGAUUGUUGAUGGUCGUAACAUUUUUCCAUUAUUAAGGGGUGAAAAUGACUCAAGUCCACAUGAUUUUAUGUUCCAUUAUUGUGGCACUUAUUUGCAUGGUGUUCGUUACAUUGAAGACAAUAAUCAUGUAUGGAAAGUGUAUUUUUACACACCUCUAUAUAAACCAAAUGAAGAUAAAUGUCCAUUCGUUUGUAUGUGUUAUGGGAAAUGGGUUGUUCAUCAUGAUCCUCCUCUUUUAUUCAAUAUUGCUCAAGAUCCAUCGGAAAUGAUGCCUAUCUCCAAUCACGAAAGACGUCAACGAAUUUUGUUAAUAGUUAAUCAAGCAGUCCAAAGACAUGAAAUGUCGUUGAAAAAUUCAACGAAUAUCGAAUCACAAUUUUCUUUUGCCAAUUCCAUAUGGAAACCAUGGCUUCAACCUUGUUGCAGUUAUAAAUUUUGUCAAUGUUAAAUUAUUUUUUAUAAUCUUUUGAUAAAUUUUUUAUAAAUUUUAUUACAGCUAAUACUGUUUUUCGAAUUUAAAUAUCAAAAUGAAUUUAUAUUCAAGAUUUUAAAUUUUUCAUAUUAAAACAAAAAAUCUUUAAAUUCUAA